AUGUGGCCAAGAUUAAUAGCAAGUAAGAUCCUGAGCAAAAGGGUUGGAAGCAACAAUUUUGUUGCAGAUUUUCCAAGUGAUACAGAAACUUGGUUAGAACUUCCUUCUCUAAAUAAAAAAUAUCUGAGCUCUGGCAACAUCUUACCUGAUCAUGAAGAGACCGAAACCUACAAGAUUUUUGCUAGUACGUGGAACGUUGGCGGUGUUGCACCUACCAAUGAUUUGAAUAUGGAUGAUUGGUUAGAAACAUGCAACACAACUUGUGACGUCUAUGUUUUUGGGUUUCAAGAAGUUGUGCCUCUGAGGGCUGCAAACGUUUUUGGCUGUGAGAACAAGAAGAUUACCAUGCAAUGGAAUUCCAUAAUCAGAGAAGCACUGAACAAGAAAGAGUGCAAAGAGAAAAAAGGCCAAAAUUCGUCAUCCUCUGGUGAUUGGAACUCUUUUGAGAGUGAGAAAAGUGAUUCACAAAAGUUCAGAUGUAUCAUCAGUAAGCAAAUGGUUGGAAUAUUGAUUUCAGUUUGGAUUCGAAGUGAUCUUCUUUCGUUCGUUCGGAACCCUAGUGUUUCAUGUGUAGGCUGUGGCAUCAUGGGAUGUCUAGGAAAUAAGGGCUCUGUCUCAGUUAGAUUUCGGUUACAUGAAAAAAGCUUCUGCUUUGUAUGCAGUCAUCUAGCUUCAGGAGGAAGAGGAGGAGAUGAAAAGUAUAGGAAUUCAAAUGCUGCUGAAAUUUUGUCUCGAACGAUCUUUCCUAGGGGCCCUUCUCUUGAUUUGCCAAGAAAGAUUCUAGACCACGAUCGGGUGGUUUGGCUUGGAGACCUGAACUACAGAAUUUCCUUACCAGAGUCAGAUACGAGAUUAUUAGUGGAUAAGGAAGAGUGGAAUGCUUUGUUAGAAAAUGAUCAGCUGAGGACGAAACUCAAGGAUGGACAAGUAUUUGAAGGCUGGCAAGAAGGAACAAUUGAAUUUGCUCCUACAUACAAAUAUUGCCCGAAUUCUGAUAGCUAUUAUGGCAAUUUUGGAAGCAGAAAAGGUGACAAGAAACGGUCCCCGGCUUGGUGUGAUAGGAUAAUAUGGUUUGGAGAAGGGUUGAAGCAACAGCUAUAUGCCAGAGGUGAAUCAAAAUUGUCUGAUCAUAGGCCAGUGAAGGCAAUUUUUAGCACAGAAAUGAAAAUUUCAAGAAAAUUGAAGGAAUUUCAGAGUUUCUUUUGGUCAGAAAGGUUUGAGCAAAUGACACACAGUUUCGACAUACAUUCAGCAGAUGACUUUCAAUGUAAUGCAAGAGCAAGCUUACAAAUUUGA